AUGUUUGCCAAUUUAAUGCUUCUUCCUCUUAACAGCCAAUCAACGAUAGAUAAGAUCAAAUUCUUGAAACAUGGCAAAAAUUCUGCUAUCCAGACAACUAUUGAUCUCCGAUAUAUACCAAGGGCGUAUGGCGGCGAGAGCAAUCUGGAAAUCACGGCAGAACAGGCCAAGGAGUUCACUGCCGAGACAAUCCACUACGGCUGGGUUGGGCCGGAUAUGGUGCCACUAAUCAAUGACAUUGAGGACAUCACUCCAUAA